AUGUCGGGCCGGGUGGGACGCAGCCCGCGGUCGCGAGGGUGGCGAGGCGCGCGGUGGGAGCCGGAGCCGAAAGUCUCCCCGGAGCGCAGCCUCUCCAUCACGGCCCGCGCCAUUGGCUUAAUUCGAACUCUGCCCGCUGUGAUUGGAGGGUGGCAUCGCAGGCUAUUUUUAGCAGGGUUUAUAAGGCGCGGGCGGCCGCGCGCCGGAGGAGUCCGCGCUGUGAGGUGCGCGGCCGAGCGCCGCACUCAGCCUGUUGCUGGGGCUGAGGGAGUCGCGGCCGGGAGAGCCGGGCGGCCGGGUCCCGCCACCUCGCGCUCGUCCCGGUCACCGAGCCGGGCCCUGUUGCCGCGCGAGCCCCGGUUCCGGCAGCGCAACCCGCGGGCGGCCGCCCCGUCCCGUUCCUCCCGGCCGUCCGGCCCCAAGUCCCCCAGUCACCCCGUUCCCUUCUUUGCCCAGAGCCGCCCUGUCCUCCCGUCCCCUUCUACGCCAGGCGCCUCCCCGUCCCUCCGUCCCUUCUGCGCCGCCGUGUUCCCCUACAUCCCUCUGGUCACCCUCUGUUCACUAACCUUGGCGUCCCCCGCUCUGUCGCCUCCAUCCCUGAGUUCUCCCUGUCCCCCUCCACCCCCGGAGUGCCCCCUGUUCCGCUCCACCCCUGAGUCCCUCUCCGUCCCCUCCAUUCCUGGGGUCCUCUCUGUCCCCCUCCCGUGUCCUCAGGGCCACCACGAUGCGGGAGCGGAGCACGCAGGCUCCCCUCGGAAUCCGGAGGAACGUGUUUAUCUCGUAGAGGGCGAUGUCAGCCCUCACCAAGAUGAGUGACUGUGGACAAAAAAAUGAAAUCAACUUUGCAGGCCACAAAGCAAAUCAGAGACAGAGUUGGACCUCCAUUUGUCCAAUAACCCCACGUGCGCUUCCUCCUCCCCAUCGUUGAAGAGCCUUGCUCUCUUCUAACUCACCCAGUCUUGGAGAGAAAAUAGUCAACUCCACUUGUUGGGUGUGACUCUCAUCCUCAGCUCACCUUGAGCCUCUCAAGUCUCUGCCGCUAUCUUCAAAAGGCGUUUAACCAAAAGAACUAAAAGAAUAUGGCCACAAAGAGAUUUGGUCAACCUCGUUCAUAGCAGUUUAUCCAUAAUAGUCAAAAACUGGAGCCUGUCCAGGAGUCCGUGACCAGAAGAUGUGGUGAAUCAUGUGAUGAUGGGCUGCUCAUCAGCAGAAGAACCUGCAGCAACAUGAUGUGUCUCGGACACCUUCAGCUGAGUGAAGAAGCCUCUCAAGAGUGCCCACUGCAGGACUCAUUCUGAUUAUGUUUUAGAAGAGGCACCACUGAUGUUUACCGAAAACUAGCAUGUCCGUUGCCAUGUACUUUUCAGCAACAGAGGCAUUGUUCUGGAGUAGUCUAUGAACUGUAGACAGAUUCUCAGUAUUCCACAGGCCACUGGCCUUGGGUGCAUCCAGGAAAAUAGAAAGACUCUCUUACUCUUUUUCUAGAAUCAUGAAAUUGAGCUGGCAGUCUGCUUGGUCAGAGCCUGAUGUUUCCUGGAUUUAGAGCUUGGUUCCCCGGAGACCCAGUGGACUAAUUUAAAAUGAUUCAUCCGCGUGAGUCAUUGCCCUGCUGCCUUCAGGGCAAGAUGUCUAUCUAUUGUCUUGUUGCUACCAUUUUUUUACAGCUAACUCCAGCUCAGCAGCUGCAGACUUCAGCCCCUGCACCUGGUGGUAUUGGCCGGAAGACAUCAGCUGGCUCUCUGCAGACACACCUGGAGGGAGGGCUUGGGAGGAAGGGGUACGGCCUCCAGUCUGACCACCUCUGAAACACCAUCCCAGGCUGUCUGUGAGGUUCAUGUGCUUUGGGUCAGAUUCUCAGUAGAACGAGAGGCCUUCCAGGGAUCUUCCAGGUCUUGAAGGAAGCCACCAGGCAAAUAACUGGUUGUCAUAUUCCCCUUAGAGCCAGAAGGAAACAACAUCCUAUCAGAAGGAAGGGAAAUUUCCUGCCAUGGAGGGAAUCUUAUAGCCAAACCGAGUCAUGGUUUUGCCCUCAUUUUAAAAUCCUGUUGCGUAUGUGGAAGCAUAUGGGUCUUAACAAUUUCUCUUUCAAAAUCCUCAUAAUGAAUUACAUUAUGGCCAUGUUUUUCCCUGACGUGUAUCUGAAAAACGCAUCUAGAGUCUAAGUCUAAAGGCACUGUUCAGUUGUAAUAAUUAACAUCUCAUUUGCAUUCAGUACAAUUCUAAGUUCUAUGUAAGUGUCUAAUCUGGUGAUGGGCGUUGUAUAAUUGCUAAGUAAAUAUUUGCCGUUGGUUAUGAAGAAUGAAUAAGAUGGGCACGGCCCUGUCUUCCCGUCGUCGUAGCCCAGGGUUGCCUUCUCUGUAAACUGUGUGUGACCGCAGCUGAAUCAGCGAAGCCGUCACCACCGGCCUCAUACAUCAGGGUCCUGUGGGCCGGUGAGUAGUUCCAACACUCCCAUGGGGUGACCCUGCUUUACUUUAAACUCAGUUACAUAAACCUGUUUAAGAUAAUGCUACGUGGCCGCUGAAAACUUCCUGAAUGCCCUGUUUGCUGCUGAAGCUGAUAUUCCCAAGGAGAGAGUUGCAACCGUGGCAGAAAGUGCCACCCUCCAGGAGUGAGCCUGCAAUCUGCUUAUUCAUGGGCUCGGGUCAGUCCCAAUGUGAGGGCGCCGAACAGUACCCAGGCUGACGUCGGAGUUUCCGUCAGUUCAGAGUGACUUGAUCCUUCCCUACAUGUAGAACCAAUCAGGGUAUGUCUCUGGGUCCUGUGAAAUGCAGAGUCUACUCCUGAAUUGCUUUGCUUCAUCAGGAGUUGGUGGGCUAGGUAUCAAAUAGACCUGGCCAUUUCCCACUUCCAUUCAAAUGAGACCAAUAACAGUCCUGCAGUUGCCCCCAGCUGGUCCUCCCUUCCAGGCCAUCUCUUUGCCAGUCUGCUCUGGCUUCAGGAGAAUAAUCUUCCUGUCAUAGAUUGACGGUUGCCUGCAUGCUGCUUUCACUUCCCAUUUUAAGAUCUCAAUAUCCAUCCGGGCAGCAUCCCUUGGCAUCCCUUGGUUUGGAAUCUGGGUUGUAAAUUGCCAAACCUCUAGCCCCAUCCAGGCUUACUUAGCUCUACUUCCCUGUAACACCCCAGAGCUCCAGCCAUAUCAGCCUGCAUCCCAGCCUGCAGCACGGUCAAGAGCUGUAAACCCGCUUCUCUCCUUCUGGCUUGUUUUUCACGUAGACCAUCCUGCUGGUUGCCUUUGCUGAGAAGGGUCUUCCUUCCAUAGAGCUCAGGCCCUCUGGGAGAGCACCUCUGUGCAGCCGCCCCUGAGGGGAGGUAUCUCUGUCCCUUCUCAUGCCUCAUACAUCCCGCUGUUAGAGAAUCACACUGAAAUCUAUGCUUUUGGCAGUUAAGAGUGUCUAAGGUGACUGCUGCCCUACUGCACAGAACUCGAGAUCCAUGGUGUGAUGGGAAGAGCUUUCCAGCUGUGUGACCUUGGGUUGUCUUACUCUCUGGGCCUCAGUUUCCUCCCUGGAGCAUGGGAGCACUGAAGGCUACCAACAGGAGCUACAAGGGUGAAUGGAGGAUUCAUGCCAGACCCUGCUGGUUGUCCCUGGAGAGCAGACGCUCAGGAAACCCUCUCACCAGCUCCUGGAGAGCACGGGAGGUGCUGGCUCCUUCGUUCUCUAUGGAAGGACAGUUCUGCACCAGGGAUUGUUGUUAGAGUCACAAAUUUGGGAUUCUGGACUUCUGUGCUCGACAGGAGCCUCAAGUCCCCAGUGUCACUCAAUAGUGACAAACCCAAAUGAAAGAUGCUGGCAAAUGAUCAGCAGCCUUCCUGCUGCUGUGCGCCUAAACCCUGUUGCUAUUUUUGGGCCAGCAUUGUUCACCCUGGAUUUAGUUCUCCUUUGCUGUCUAUUUUGGCUCUGCCCUGCUCUGAAAGGGCAGGCUCCACACUGGGUGCCGCAGCCAAUGGCUUGUCCACGGUCUUUGUCCAAAUGGACUCAGUGAGGAUAUCACCAGAGGAAAAAUAAAAGAUGAGAGAACUUGAAAAACAUAUCUCCCAUUCAGAAUCUUCUUAAAAAUAUACUUUCAAACAAAGAGG